AAGAGUUACUCGUAACACGCUUUUCAAUGGCGGGGAAAGAUUUGCUCGAGACUUCUCUUGACGCAGAUGAUUUACAGUCAUUGUCUCCCUCCACACGAGAGAAAUUGGAGGGUUUAAUAUCAUCGCUUACAUUACAACGGAACGAGAUUACGGCAAAAUAUGAAAAACUUCGAGUUAAUUCAGAACAACAAUACUUUGAGUUGGAGAAACAGCAUAUAGAUACUAGCAGUCAACUAGAAGCAGAACGUCAUGGAAAAGAAGACCUUUCAAAUCGUCUGGCUGAACUUGAGAAGAAAUAUAAUGAAACCACAAAUGAACUUAAGGAGCUGUCUUCAAAAUAUGAGAAGAUACAAGUGGAACAGAGAGAGUUGUCCAGUGCCAACCAGCUUCUGCAGGCAGAAAAGCGGGAUUUGGCAAGUUUUAUGGAAACAAGGGAUAAAAACAUUGAUCGGUUAAAAGAUGAAAUAAAAGAGCUCUCAGAGGCUCUUGCUAAGGCAAACAAGGAGAAGUGUGACACCCAGGCUGAGCUUAUGAAAGUGCAAGCAGAAGAAGUCUCACAAAAGUACCGAGAAAAACGAUUGCAGCAAGAGAAAGAGCAGUUGCAACAGCAAGUAAACUGGCUGAGUGACCAGCUGAGUGAGAAGACCAAAGAGUUUGUCACAUUCCGGCGAGAGAAGGCUAGCCGUUUAAUGGAGCUGCAGGGACAAGUAGAGGAAAAGACAGAAGAGAUAACACAUCACCUUGCAACUAUUGAGGCUUUAAAGACGUCCAAAGAAGAACAAGCUUCUAAGAUUGAAUCACUCAUCCAGAAGUUGAAGGAGGCUCGAGACUUGCAGACGCAGUCAGAUGAGCAGUUCAGACAGGAACUUGCAGCACAGUCUAAACUUUAUGCCCUGUAUAAGGACGCAUCAGAGGAAAACAAUGGCAAGAUAACAGAGCUGACACGAGCCGUGGAAGAACUGCAAAGGCUGCUUAAAGAAGCAUCUACAGCCUAUUCAAAUUUAGAAAUUGCUAAAGGUGAAGAGGAAAGCAAACUCAAAGAUGAACUUAGAGAAAAAGAUUUGAAGAUUGAAAGUCUAGAUGAGGAGCUUCGCAAUGCCAAUGACUUGCUGGCAGCCAAAAGGGCUGGUGUGCUAAAAUUCACAGAGGAUGAAAUGGCAAACUUGUUCCCGUUGGCUGCCACUACCAGCAAACUGCUUAAAAAGGGCAUGACACUGACGGAGAUUUAUAGUUCCUACGUCCAAGCAGUGGAAAACCUUGAACAGCAGAAAGAAGAAAAUGAACGUCUCAGUUCUUACCUUGAUCAGAUUGUACAAGAGAUUGAAGACAAGGCACCACUGCUGAAGAAACAGCGUGAGGACUAUGAGACAGCCUUGCAGACCUUAGACCAGCUCACACCCAAACUGGACUCAGCAAUGCUAGAAUGUGAGAAGAUGAGAGCAGAAUGUGAUGACACGAAAAGGCGCAGUAGCUUCUUCCAGAGAGAAAAUGUCCGGCUUCAGCAGCAGAAUGCUGACCUUAGUAGACAGGUUCGCUACCUAGUGAAGGAGAUCCAGGAGAUGAAAGGAGGGUGUGUUGUGCAAGAUGAUGAGGCUGAAGUGUCCUCAACCCAGGAUUCUUCCAGUGCUUCGCGCGUCAUCACUCAGCACAUGGUCACCUUUAGGAAUAUUGAAGAGCUCCAGGAGAAAAACCAGCAGCUUUUGGAGGCAAUCCGAGAUCUCAGCACCCAAAAAGAGCAAGAAGAGAGUCUGGCCACAGAUGCCAGAGUUGUGGAGCUGCAGAAGCAGCUGGAGGAAGCCACUAAAGAACUAGAUGACCUGCGAUCAGCACGCUCCAGACAAGCUGAAAUGGUAGAAGCCAUUGUGCGACAGAGGGACAUGUAUCGAGUGCUGCUGCAGCAGGGAAGCAUGUCCCCAAUCUCUCCCAGUCUGCCACCCCUGACAUCGACUCCAGCACAAGGAGCGCUGGCCAGCCCUCUUCUGUCACAAGCCCCACCACUGGUCAGUGUGGAUACUGAAAAGAAGUUACAAGAAGUGCAAAUGGCUUUGAAGGAGUUGCAGGCUGAGUACAGCACCUAUAGGAAAGAGAAACUGGAAAAUGAGAAGAUUCUGAAUGAACAGCUUGAAAAAUGUCGAGCAGAUCUGUCAGAAACACGCAUGCAAAAUGCUCGGCUUUCAUCACAGCUGGACCACUCAGCAGAGCGAUACAAGAUUCUGCAGGGGAAUGCUGAGGGUUACAGAAAAGAAAUAGCAGCACUCCAAGAUCGAUGCCAGAAGAGCAGCACAACCAUGGCCAAACUUGAGCUGACAAUCAUCCAACUUAAAGAGGAGGUGUAUGAGAAGCAGCAGGCAGCAAGUACUUGGGAAGCCAAGGUUGACCACUUGCACAUGCAGUAUGAUACACUGCGGUCACACGAGCAGCGGCUUGUAGCAGAGCUGGAAAGCAUGCGACGAGAACAGCAAUCUCAGGCCCUGCUAAAUGCAAGCUUACAGGCCAUUCAGAACAACUUGGAGCGUGCAGAGUUUGAGACCAAGGCUCGGUACACCAACCAGAUUGAUUACAUGGAGAAGCAGGUGGCCAUGUUGCAGAAAAAGCUGGAGAUGGCAGAAGACGACAAGAACAACAAGGUCCAGGCCCUGGAGACAAAGCUGGCCUCAAAGCAAGAGGAGUUAACCAAAGUCCUCUCAGGCCAAGAACAGCUGAAAGUAGAAGCUGCCAAAGCCAAGGAUGAUAUGCAGGCUGCCAUGCAGGAGCUGUCUGCAACUGAAGCUAAACUGGCAGCAGCAGAAAACAGGCUGAGCAGCAUUGGCUCCCUUGGUGAAGAUGAGUUCAAGGAAGAGCUAAAAGAUCUCAAAUCCAGCAAAGAGAUGCUUGAACGGCGGCUAAAGAACAUGUCUGAGCAACUGAAGCAAGCCAGGGAGCAAGAGAAGCAGUACCAGGUUAUUGCACAAAGUGUAGAGGAGAAACUGCGACAGAGCAACCAGACGAGCAGAGAAUUUCAAGAGAUGUGUGAGACAAGGGUUCUGGAUGCACAAAAUGCAAAGGCAUUGUUGGAGAAAAGAGUCGAGGAAUUAGAGGAAGCUCAUCAGAAACAGUUGAAUGAAAAUAUUCGUCUGGCUGAGGAUAGUCACAACUUGAACAAUGAACUGAGGAAACAAUUGACCUCUUUGCGACAUGAACUGCAAGAGACUGUGCAGAUGAGGGAAGCAGCUGUUGUAAACCUGGAGGCAGCACAAAAAGCUUGUCAGGAACAGACAAAACUGGCCUCAGAGGCAGAAGACAAAUACCAGCGAGAACUGAUGCUGCACGCUGCUGACAUGGAUGCUCUCACGGCCUUAAAGAAACGGCUGGAGAGUUACAAUGAUGAUUUAAUCAAAGCUCAAGAAGCAGUAAAGGCAGAGCAGAAUAAGCUGCUGGAUGCCCAGACCUCAUGGCAAGAGCAGGAACGUAUUCUCCAUGCUGAGUGUCAACUUUUAGAAGCACGCAAUGUGGAACUAGAGCAGCAGAACAAGACCCUGCAUGCCCAGAUGGAAACUCUGAGCAAACAAGCCAUUAGUCUGCAGGAAAAGGCUGCUGAAGACCCACUUAACAUGUCUUUCUCAGACGAAAACAGCAAGACCAAUGAACAGCUGCUGGAGGUCAUCAGAUUUUUGCGGCGUGAAAAGGAGAUAGCAGAAACAAAGCUCCAGGUGAUUGAAUCGUCCUCUAACCGGAUGAAGCAGACUGUAGAGUCCUUGGAGCGGCAGUUAGAGGAAGCUAAUGUAGCACUCAGUGAAGAGAGGCAGCAUUCACAGAUGAACACGCAGACAAUGUCAGAGCAUGCAGCACUCAUGCGACGUGUGGAGAACUUGAAUGUGUUGACCGACAGCAACAAACUGUUGAGAGAGGAAAGGGACAGGCUGCAGGCUCAGAACCAGGAGCUGGAUGUCAAGGUGAGGAAGCUCGAAGCCGACAUCAGUCCUUUGCAGGCACAGUUGAGAGAGUUAACAGCUCAGAAAGAGGCUGUAGAACUAGAGAAGGACUCUCUGGCUGGUGAGGUAGAAAGAUGGAAGUCUCGCACGCACCACUUAGUGGAACAGAGCAACAAGACUGAUCCAGAAGAGCACCGAAAACUUGUAGUUGAGAAAGAUCAGAUGCGAAAGCAGCUUGCCCAGACCAAGGAGGAGCUGUUUAAAGUGAAAGCUGAGCUGUCUAAAGUAAAUGCAACAUUGAGCAACAGAGAAUCAGAACUGGCAAAUCUUAAGCAAGAGACAACAAAACUGAGGGAGGAGAUGCAAAAUGUAAAGCAACAGCUUGAAGAUGAACUCAAAGAAUCAGAGAAGAAAAAUGUCACAGCAACCCAGUUGAGAAAGAUAGGGCGCAAGUAUAAAGACCAGUGGGAGAGCACAGUCAAAGAGUUGGAGGAUCUCCGAAAGACUGCAGCUGGGCAGCAGCAGAGUUCAUCCGAACAUGAGCAGAAUGAAAUCAGGAAGAUGGAGCAAGCCCACAGUGAGACCAGGGAAAAGUUGGUUGCUGUAGAGCAAGCUCAGAAGGCAGCAGAAGAACGGCAGGCAGUUGUGGAGCGGGAACGAGACGAGGCAAAGGCCAAAGUCACAGAGAUGGAGAAAGAAUGUGAUGAACUUAAGAUGAAGGUGGCACAGUGUGAAGCUGAACUCAACUCUCAGAAGAUGCAGCUGGAGACAGUCCAGCAGGAGAUGAGCCAAGUGCAAGGGAGUCGUCAAGGGCUGGAAGAAGAGCAGAAACGGCUGCAAUCAGAGCAUGCAAGUCUGGAGGAGAAACACAACCAGUCGCGUAAAGUUCUGGCCAAUGCCAAAACACGUAUCACCCAGCAAAAAGAGCAGCUUGAUCGCAUCACAACUGAGUACAAUGAACUCAAGCGCAAACUGGCAGACUCAGGACAGAUAUCUAAAGAGGAGAGUGAUCUUCGUGUGGCAUCUCUCAAGUCCCAGUAUGACCAUCGAGUCUCACUGCUGGAGCGAGACCUAGAGGCUCAGCGAGCAGAAUCCGAUGCGGCAGCUUCAGCUGCUGAUCUGCAGCAACAGGUGAUGCAGCUGCAGCAAGAAAGAGACCGGCUGAUUGUAGAAAACACAGAACUUUCCAUGAAGGUGCAGCAGCUUCACAGACAAGUAGAAAUGCUACCCAAGACAGGCCAGGCACAGCCCACACAACCCAUGCCACGCCAGGCUCCAUCUUCUGGCACCAGCCCCACACCAACAGAAGCCCCCAAAAUGGCAAGCAUCAAGCCAGUAGCCACUGCGGCAACAACUUCGACGAUGCAGCAUUCUUCAUCCACCCAGGCAAAGGCCAUGGCCAGCAUCAGGCCCAUGGCCAUUGCCCCAGCAAACACCAGCACCAGCACCACUGUCCCUCAGCACCCCUCCUCCUCCUCAACUCCUCCCAUGGCUGCCGUCAUGCCAACCACCAUGGCUCAGCAGGAGCAGAAUGAUGACCUGCCCAGCACCUCUGGCAUGCAACAGCAGACAACAUCAUCAAUUCCUGCAGCUUCCGUCACUGGCCGCCCACAGCAGCAGGUGCAGAUUGUCCAACCCCAGAUGGAAAGCACAGGUGACCUUUUAGAGGAGUCAUCAGUCCAGGCUGUUGUCAUUCCAAACAUCCAAGAACCAGCACCUGCACAAGUGCUGCCCCAGCAACAAACACAGACACAACCUGGCACUACACCCUCCACCACCCCACCCAGUGCAGCCACCCCAUCCACCUCCGUUGAGAUGCAGCCGUUGCCAGGGAGCAGCAGUCAGCUUGGCAAGCGGUCACGGGACGACGGGGACACAUCAGAGGAAGGGGAUGCUAAACGUUCAAAAGUAACUCAGCAGGAAGCAGCUGUCAUUCCCACCAUCACCAUAACAGACGAAAAUGCCAAGGUUGUGACACACAUAGAGCCUCAGACACAAACACUGCAAGAGAGUGACCGAGGACAAGGUAUAUCUGUUACUACCUCCACCACAGACUUGGGACAGGCAGGAUGCCAAGAGACACCACAGCAGAUUUUUGAACAACAGGAGGAUGAGAGGGUCCUGUGCCAGGUGCAAGAGGUGCAAGAGGGUCCAGUGGAAGAAGAACAGGGAGGCGAUGGUGAUGUCAUCGUUGUAGGAAGUGACGAGGAGGAAGUGGAAACCAACAUGCAGGUGUCAGCAACACUAGAGUAUGAGGUGGGCCAAGAUCAAGAAGUGGAGGACGAGUCCGAUGAAGAUGCUGACUCUGAAGAUGAACAAAUAGAUGAGGGUGGGGAGUUUGAUGAGGAUCAGGAAAAUGAUGUUGAUGAAGAAGAUGAUAAUGAUGUGGUCAUCAUUGACAUUGAUGAAAAUGAACAACAAGACUCCCAGAUCCCUGUGGGACAGGGGGAAACCAGUACUGUCACAGGCGCUGUCAGCAGUCCCCGUCCUCCUCCACCAUUGCAGCCGGUGCCCCACACAGAGCGACUGCCCUCAACUAGCAGGUCACAGCUAACCCCCUUCUUGCUUGGUCAGGGAGGCCCAUUUGAUGAUGAUGACUGCACUGUACCAAGCACACCCACCCUGUCCUUACCACGACGAACUGAUGGCUUCGCUGAGGCAUUAAAUUCUCCCCAUGUCUCUCAGAGAUUUGUGUUUUCUGGUGGAGUGGAAGUACCUGUUCAGCCAGAACUUGCCCAGCUUGAAUCUCAGCGAGCUUUAGGUAUGGAUGAUACUCGCAUGGACUUGUCACAGUUUGAUGAUGCUGGGGGUCGCAGCAUGUCGUCCACCCCAACCCCUUUGCAGAUGAGUGCAGGAGCUGCACUUGAAGCAACUGCAGUCACAGCUGCAGUAACUGCUGCACCAGCUGGUCAGUCCCAAGAAACUUCAGGUAUAACCUCCAGCUAUCCUGGUUUGUUUCUAGGACAAGGUGAAGGACAGCCUUCUGCACCAGAGUCAUCUGAACAACAAAUGGACUUAACAAGUGAGAGCUCACAAGGCCAGGAAGAUGCAUCUGCUACCACUACUCAAGCCUCGCUUGCUGAAGGGGGAAUGGGAGAUGAAGAGGAAUCAAAGAGCACAAGUCGGCCCAGGAUACAACGCAUCGUGUGGGAGGACAGUGGCAGCAACAGUGCCAGCAGCACUACCACUCAGUCCUCUGCUCCAGCACCAGCCUCCACAUCAGGGCAGCAGCAGCAGCAGCAGCAACAGCAGUCCAGCCAGAGGCCUCCAGCAUCAGCUCGUUCACGCGGCCUGCGUCGAGGUGCCACGCCAACAAGGGCAAGGCCACCCAUGGUAUGGAGGGGUGGACCUCGGGGUGGGGGACAGCAACAGCAGCAUCCACCUAGGGGCAUGGGAGCACGACAUCCCAGCCGAGGAAUGUACCGAGGACAGUUUUAGGUCUUUCUCUAAAGAAAAGAGACCAAUAAACUUGAAAAGUUACAGAAAAUGGGAGAAACAGUUUAAUGAGCUUGUGCAUUUAGCAUCUCUGGUAGAUGGCUGGAUGGAGACCACACGUGAAGCUCCAUAUUACUAUGCUAUGACAUCUCUGGACUCAUUGCAGUCAUCCCUGAACAGCAGUGUGCAAGACUUGCCGACAUGUCUGCAAACAUCAAGCUUGGAGCAGGAAGAAGUGAAGCCUGCAGAUUGUACCAACUUUCCUGUCUUCUCAUCACCCAGAAAAUUUGGUAUAGGCCUGAAAGAGAAUGGCCACAUUGAUUGUACUUCCUAUCUCACACCCAAAAGCUCAUAUCUGUUUGACUCAGAUUUCAGCUCUUUGCUUUUCCAUUGUGUUCUGCCACCCACUUCCCAAACAGGAACCAUUUACCUUCAGUAGAUGUUAUAACCAAAGAAAAUCUUUUACAGCUAAGGGUAAGUCCAAUGAUCAUGUAUUUGAGAGUAAAGGGGAGAGAGUUUUAGAUUUCCCUGGGGAUUUAUAUUGAAGUUUGGUGUCCUGAUAUCUAACAAAGUCCAUGAAAAUCGCAGUAUCAAAUGCAGUUUUCACUGAUAGACAUGAAAGGUAAAACAGCCGCUCAUUUUGAAAUAAAACGGACCUUUAACAAAAAAAA